CAUCACCUUCCACUCUGAUUGCCACUAACUGGAUCAGAGAAGCAGUUGAGGGAUUCACAGUAAUGUUGGCGCAUUCUGACAUCUUGCUGAGUGGUGAAUCAAAAGAAUAAGGGUGGUGGUGACGAGGGGAAAUUCUAGUAUCAGUUGCCUGUGACCCAGAGGUCUCCUUCUCCCUUUCGCGGCAGGAUGAUUACACCUACCCAGACUCUAAAGUCUGUUGUGGAUCAGAAAGCUGUUGUCCAUGCCUAUCGCCACUUGUAUCGCCAGGGCUUGAAGGCCAUCAAUUAUUCUACCCCAGCACGGCAUGUUCUUCGGCAUAGUCUGCGAUCCGCCUUUCGUUCAUCUUCACCGGAAGAGCUGAACCCGCGGCGCAUAGCCAAUACUUUACAGUUUCUCCAACGAGCUGCCGACGUUGCAGGCCUUGAACAUAAGAUUGUGAAAAACCUGAUGAUGAUGAAGUACUGGGAGCAGCCCCAAGUGAGAAAAGACCACCGCACCUUGAGAGGGCUAGGGGUCGAUCAAAGGGAUCCUAUAUUGAUGCAGGAUACAAUGCGGCAAUUUAACCUAACUUUGUCACUCCUCAAUGACAGCCUAGAUAUUUGCUUGAGGUAAUCCAUAGAGAUCGUUGAUUCCCUAUCGUCUAUAUCGAGUGUAUGGGGUCACUGCUUUCG